CUUUUUCUCCCCUCGUUUUCUAAUUUCUAAAAACUCAGACCAGUAAGAACCAGCUACAGAGAGAAAGAGCUAGAGAGAGAGAGAGAGAGAGAUGGUUCGUAUGAGGUUACCGGGAGGGACAAAGAGAGAGACAACUAGUCGUGGGGAAGAAAUUGGCGACCAAGUUGAUUUACUCGGCUUACAAGGUGAAAGUGGUCAAGAUGAGAAGGAAAAGUGUAAGAUUGGGGAUCAAACUGAUGGCUUCGCUACAGUCUCGGUUCAAAGUUUCCAUGAGGAAAACAUGAAGCUCAUCCAACUUGUUUCCGAAACCAAAAAUGCAAAGAACACCGAGAUCUUGCUUAAACUUUUGGAAGACAGGACUAAAUGUGUGGAAAACCUUGUGGAGUUGGAAAAAAUCAGAGAGGCGAACAAGGCGCUUGGUAAGGAGGACGACAGGGAUGUGAAGGAUAAGAAGCCGGAAAUUCAGAAGCGGGAUGCAAAGAGGAAGAGGCCUGCUGAGAAGAAGCAAGAACUUCAGAAGAAGGAUGGCAAAGAGGAAGCUUCCUCGUCCAGACCUGCUUUGCAGCCUCGUGGUGAUGAAAUAGUCCGAGCUACAGAGAAGGCACAGAAGAAGAUACUCCCCUGCCCUCGUUGUGAUAGCAGGAACACAAUAUUUGACAAGUUCAGUCGUAACAAUAUCAGUAAGCCAGUACGUUUAUGCAAAGAUUGCAAAAGAAGCUGGGUUGUACGCGGGAACUUGGGAAGAGGCUAGUGUUUACAGCUCCGUAAAGCUAGGGUUAGUGCCUCUGUAAGUUUCCGUUCUGAUUUUGUAAAUGGCGUAAGACUCCAAGUGUAGAUGGCACUAGGUAUAAUUUUGUUAAGUGCCAACAUAUAUAUGUAUGUAUCCAUGAGGAGGUGUGCAGAUCUUACAAAGUAUGUAUAAAUUAUGUUUUAUGGUUGACAA